CCUGAGUACGGCUGCGUCAUCGGCGCCUAAGGACUCUCGCCAGACUUUCCCCAUUGUCGUUCUAUUCUUUCCACUGCUUGUUCUGGCUAUUGUUUAAUUCUUAGCAUUGCUCCUCCGCUCUGUACCUGCUUCUUGCUAUCCAAGGCGGGAACUCAGUCCACGAUUGACGAACGAUUGGCAGCACCUACGACGUCACAGUCGCGACCCAGACCGACGCCCGACGAGAUACACCCGACAACGCCGCGGUUUCAAACCCCGAUUCGAGGGAUAUCAAAUGAAGUGCCAGACACACGCACGAUAAGACAUAGUAUACCGCUUGCCCCCCGCCCGGGUGACGGCACCCCACAGUCAAGAUGCUGGAAGGCCUGGUUGCGGGGCUGUUGAAUCGCUUCUUGGGCAUGUAUGUCAAGAAUUUUGACCCGGCCCAGCUCAAAGUCGGCAUCUGGUCAGGAGACGUCAAGCUUCGCGAUCUCGAACUCCGCCGGGAAGCACUCGACCAGCUCAAACUCCCAAUCAACGUUGUCGAAGGCCACCUCGGCGAGCUUACCUUGGUGAUACCUUGGUCCAAUCUCCGGGGCGCUCCCGUCAAGGUGUUCAUUGAGGAUGUUUUUCUUCUCGCAUCCCCAAAGGAAGAGGCCGAAUACAAUGAAGAGGAGGAGGCCCGGCGAAAACAGAGGAUAAAGAUGGAGAAGCUGGACUCGGCCGAACUGCUGAAGGAACGGUCGCAGGAAGGCCUCAGUCAGGAAGAGCAGAAGCGCACACAGAGCUUUACCGAAAGCCUCGUUACAAAAAUCGUCGACAACUUGCAGGUUACCGUCAAGAAUAUCCACGUUCGAUACGAGGACGCCAUCUCCGCCCCAGGCCACCCCUUUGCCUUGGGUGUCACGCUCGAGGAAUUCAGUGCCGUCAGUACCGACGGAGAUUGGACUCCCACAUUCAUCCAAGACUCAACCAAGACGACACACAAACUAGCGACUUUGGACUCUUUAGCCCUUUACUGGAACACUGACACCAAGCUCAUGGGCCCCGGCCGCGAGGUCCAGACACCAGGGACGGAGAUGACCCCGCACGACGAGAUACUGGCCAACUUCAAAUCCAUGAUUGUCAGGGGGGACAACGAGCUGUCUGCGAACCAUCAGUUCAUUCUGAAACCAGUCUCGGGACAGGCAAAGAUUGAGCUCGACAAGACUGGGCGUCCACAAGUCCCAAAGUUCAAGGCCAACCUGCUCUUCGACGAGAUCGGCCUUGUGUUGGACGAUCAGCAGUACAGAGAUGCUUUGAUGAUGGCGGACCUGUUCCAUUACUUCAUUCGACAUCAAGAAUACAAGAAAUACCAACCAAAAGGGGUCAGUCCCAAAGAAGAUCCGCGUGCGUGGUUGAGGUUCGCUGGCAAUGCUGUGCUGAGCAAGAUCCACGAACGAAACCGGCGAUGGUCAUGGGACUACUUCCGAGAACGUAGGGACGACAGGCAACGCUACAUCGAAUUGUUCAAGAAGACAAAACAGAACCAGCAAUUGACAGCGCAGGAGAGUGAAGAUCUGAGAAAACUAGAGUGGAAACUCGACUACGAGGACCUUCGAUUCUGGCGAUCGUUAGCCCGAAAUCAGCUUAGGAAGGAAAACGCCGAAGCUCUCAGAAACCGUCCACCGCCUCAACCACAACAGCAGCAGCAGGGAUGGCUAGCUUGGGUGUGGGGCACGAAACAACCGCAGCACGAGAAGCAAGACGAGACGGAGAAUACCCAAAUCACUGAGGAGCAGCGCAAGGAGCUUUACGAGGUCAUCGAAUGGGACGAAAAGACUGCGCUCGCUGCAGAAAUCGACGUGCCGAGGGAUACCAUCAAGCUUCAAAUCGAAGCCUCUUUGAGCACUGGCAGCUUCACGCUCAAGCAGAACCCCCACGGCCAAACCAGAGACCUCGUCAGCCUUCAUUUUGACGUUUUCAGGGCCAAAGGCCUCAAGCGACCUGACUCCUUUCUCGCCGAUCUUAGCCUGGGCGGCCUGCGGGUCAAUGAUGGCACGACGCCCAAUUCUCUGUACACGGAAAUCGUCCGAGUCAAGGACGCCCCGGCAGCUACCAGGCAUCAGAAACGGCUGUCUAUCGCCGAACUCGAGCAUACAGGUGACGAGGCCUUCUUCCAAUUCCAACUGGAGCAAAACCCGCUGGAUGGUCAGGGAGACAUUGCAUUGACCGCCAAGCUGAAGCCCCUCGAAAUUGUGUGGAACCCAAAUGUCGUGGUCGGCGUUACCGACUUUUUCAGGCCUCCUGAACGUCAUAUGGAGUCCAUCAACGCGCUGAUGGAGACAGCAGGCGCGACAGUUGAGGGCCUCCGAGAGCAGACCAGGGCUGGGCUCGAGUUUGCACUCGAGGAGCACAGGACCGUCAACGCCAAGUUAGAUUUACAGGCCCCUCUCAUUAUUAUCCCCGAGAGCAUCACUAGCAAAAGUUCGGCGUGUCUGAUCGUGGAUGCCGGGCACAUCAGCGUCACAAGCGAGCUUGCCGACAAGGCCACGGUCAAAGAAGUCCAAUCUAAGCAACGGGAACGUUCCACCCAAGAGGAUCUUAGGCAGUUGGAGUCUCUGAUGUACGACCGCUUCCUCGUCAAGCUUACAUCGACUCAAGUCCUGAUCGGGCCGUCAGUAGAGGAGACCAAACGGCAGCUGGCUGAAAAGGACGACCAGCUCAUGUUCCAUAUUGUUGACAAGAUCAAUGUCGACUUCGUCGUCGAGAUGUCGAUCCUACCCAAGGCCCCAAACCUAACUAAAUUCAAGGUCUCUGGCCAUCUGCCUGUUCUGCACGCCAGCGCGUCGGAUGCUAAAUACAAGACCCUCAUGAGGAUCAUUGAUGUUGCCAUUCCAAAGCUGGGGAAUGCCAGCUCCCAGCCCAGUGCAGAAGGACGUGAUGUGAAAAGGCGUCACCUUUCGAGCACCGCGCCGACCCGGCCGCGUGGUUGGAGUCACAGGAGGGCAUCCUCCCAGGUCCUCCAGUUUUCGACGCAACAACAGGCCAUCAUUCUUAACGACGAAGACCUAGAAGACGACGAUGACCAGUUCGAAGAUGCCAAAGACGGCUCCGUUGACGAGCAGAUGAGGAUUCAGCAGCGCAUCUUUGAGUUCAAGUUUACGGUCGAUGAACUCAGGGGCUCCCUUUAUCGCAGCGAUCCCGACAGAAAAAGGCCGGAUCAAUUACUCGUCGACCUUGUUGCGCAGAACUUUGGAGUCGACUUUUGUCUCCGGCCGUAUGACAUGGCUGCUGAGGUCUCUCUAGGCUCGGUGACGGUCGACGAUUUCGUCGAUAACCCGCCUGCAGAGUUCAAGUCGAUUGUGUCGUCCGGGGAUGUGGAAGAUCGGAAGCAAGCAAAGGACCUUGUGCAUGUCAAGUUUGUCAGAGUCAAAAAGGAGUCACCCGAGUUCAUGACGGUUUACGAGGGCAUUGAGACCAACGUAGACGUUGCCGUCUCAACGAUCAACUUGGUUGUGACGCGCAAGACACUGCUCACGCUUCUCGACUUCAUUCUGGUCACCUUUACCAACAACAGGAAUGAGAAUGGAGGUCACGAAAUGGCUAUUACCGAUUCAGAUUCAGAAAGCAACAUUGAGGUAGAGCCGCCUUCUCCAGUUGAGCAGACCGAGGGUGGCGCCAUCAGGGUCAAGGUAGACCUUAGGAGUAUCCGGUUGAUCUUGAACAAUGACGGCAUCCGUCUAGCAACCCUCUCGUUCAACCAUGCUGAUGUCGGUGUAUUCUUGCUUGGGAGGGCAAUGCGCGUUUCGACGAAGAUUGGCGAUCUGAACCUAGUUGACGAUGUCAAUUUGGGCGUUGCGGAAGAGUCAAGUCUGCGCCAACUUGUCACGAUCCAAGGCGAUGAACUUGCCGACUUCCGGUACGAGACUUAUGAUCCAGACAAGCCAGAGCAAUACCCUGGCUACGAUUCCUCCAUCUAUCUACGGGCAGGCUCGGUCAAGGUGAACUUCCUUGAAGAGCCGUUCCGUAAGAUUGUCGACUUUCUCGUCAAAUUUGGUAAGAUGCAAGCCAUCUACAACGCCGCACGACAAGCGGCUGCCAACCAGGCCAGCCAGUUGCAGCAAAGCCAAAGUCGGAUCAAGUUCGACGUGGUGGUCAAGACACCGAUAGUCGUCUUUCCUCGUCUUGCAAUCCCGGAUCGACCGAAGCGUGACCUCAUCACCGCGUACCUGGGAGAGAUCUACGCCCAGAACAAGUUUGCUCCAUUGGAUGACUCAGAAGAGUCCGAGAUUGCGAUGAAGCUGUCCGCGGGCAUCCGCAACAUCCGACUAACAUCCAAUUUCCAUUACAGCAACAACCGCGAGGAGGAACUGGAACUCAUCGAUCACGUGGACCUGGGCUUCAAAAUCACGUACGCCGAGCACAAGGAGGGCAUCAAGCGACCAGACCUGGAUAUCCAGGGAAGCAUGACCGAUUUCAAUAUCCGCAUCACUCCAUAUCAGCUCAAUUCACUUCUCGAUAUCUCUAGAUCUGUGCCUGCCGUUUUUGCUGGGGAUGCCGAACACCAUACUGCGGAAGCCGAGCGCGAUGUUGACAAAGCCACACUGGAACGUGCUAGAACCAUGCCCGGGUUUGGCAGCGGAAACAAGAAUGAGCAGCUGGUUGACAUGAGUCCCGAGCUGGGGACACACGGCGAGGCCUGGACAAAGUUGGACCUGGUCUUCAGUGUGAAUACGAUUGGGCUGGAGUUGAUCAAUGCCGCGGAGAAUGCACCUGUUGGCGACCCAGAUGCCGCCAGCUUGUCAAAAUUCAGCCUCAAUUCCAGCCGCUUGAAGACACGAAUGGACUCCAAUGGGAGUCUCGAAGCCGAAGUCACCGUACAGGCUUUUACAAUCCAUGACACCCGUCGUGGCGACACGAACAAAUUCCGCCGUAUCAUGACGAGCAGCAACACGAAGGUUCAACAGCUGAUGGCCAGCAUCACCAUGUCUGGCGGCAAUGACAGGAAUAUCAUCGCCAUUGUGGCUGUCGACAGCCCGCGCUUCAUCUUUGCCCUUGACUAUGUGUUUGCCAUCCAGAACUUCAUUAUGGUUGGAACGCGGACCAACGAGCCCGCUCCCCCUGAAGAAAGCCCCUUGGAAAGCCCUGAGGAAAUAAGCGAUGCAGAUUCAGUGAAAGCUACCUCGUCAAGCAGGCGCUCCGUGAGCAGCAAUCGUCAGCUUUUCCAACCGGACAACCAGCAACAGGCACUCAAACCCGACGAACCCAAGAUGAGCAUCGCCUACCGGGUUAACGUUGUCGACGCCCAAGUCAUCUUGAUAGCAAAUCCAUUGAGUGCAAGCUCCGAAGCAAUCGUCUUGGGAACCAAGCAAGUCCUGUUGUCGCAGCAGCACGCAUUCACAUUUCAGGUCUCCCAAUGCGGCAUGUUUCUAUGCCGCAUGGAUCGCUUCGACGAUUCACGUUUGAGGAUCAUUGACGACUUCUCCGUACAGAUGUCCGUGGACAGCUCUCAGUCAUCUGCAAUCAAGAUUCACGUCGACAUCGAGCCCCUGAUCCUCCGGCUCUCUCUUCGGGAUAUCCUUCUCGUGAUGCAGACCGUGACGAAGGCAUCUGAGCUGUCAGGAAAGAACAGUACUGACAUUUCGACGGGCAAUGUGUCAGACCGGAAGGCGAAGAAACUGAAAGGGCCUUCCAGUCUGAAGCACAACACUGCCAGCAGCAAGGGCACUUCUACACUGGCGGGGCGGAUACGAAGCGGCAGCAAAAGCGUGCUGGGCAGAAGCGCAAGUGGUUACUCGCAGCAUGGCGGGGCAUCAGCUCCCCACGACGUCACCCAACCGCCUCGAAGGUACGAGGAACUAACGGCUACGAUUGAUGGAAUCCGCAUCGUGCUCCUUGGCGACAUUCAUGAACUUCCCAUCCUCGACAUGAGCGUGAAGAACUUCACGGCCGGCGCGGAAAACUGGUCAACCAAUCUCAAGGCGGAAACUGCCAUUGAGAUGUACACAAACGUCUACAAUUUUGCGAAGUCCGCCUGGGAGCCGCUUAUUGAGCCCUGGCAGGUCGGUUUCGGAAUAGCCCGGGACCAGAAGACGGGAGUCUUGUCAGUUGACGUGUCUUCUAAGCGUACUUUCGAUGUCACCCUCACAACGGCCAGUAUUGCCCUCUUUUCCAAGUCCUUUGCCUUUUUCACCCAGGACCAAGACGUCCUAAGCAAACCACGCGGCGUCGAGGCCCCGUACCGUAUCCGGAACUACACUGGGUUUGAUGUUGUGGUGCAAGCCAAGAGACAGAGCACUGAUGAGACGACGUCUCUGCGUCUUGUGGACGGACAAGAAGUACCGUGGAGCUUCGAGGACUGGGAGAAAAUGCGAGAGAACCUCUUGGCUGAGGAAAGCAGCACAAAUAGCGUCGCUGUCCAGCUGGAGGGCAGCGGUUUCGAUCCCGUGAGAAACAUACGGCUCUCGCGGGAAGGCGAGUUUCUUUGCGCACUCAAGCCGAAGGCAGAUCAAGUGUUGCACAAGAUGCUGGUCGAGGUCAAGCUCGGCACCGACAAUAUCAAGUAUGUCACGCUGCGCAGCCCGCUCCUGGUGGAGAACGAGACCGAUCUCCCUGUUGAACUCGGAGUCUACGACGCCCAUGAGGGGCAUCUGCUCAAGAUCGAAAAGAUCGCGCCUGGUGAGAGCAGGCCGGCUCCGGUUGGGGCCGCGUACUUGAAGAGCCUGUUAGUCCGCCCUGACCCCGGCUUUGGCUAUGGGUGGAGCAACGACACGCUCUGGUGGCGCGAUCUCUUGAAGCGCCCGACGAGAACACUAGUAUGCAAAGGGGAGCACGGUGAAAAUUUCUACUUUCAGAUGUCUGCCCGCUAUGACACAUCUAACCCUGCGACGAAGAAUUACCCGUACAUGAGGAUAAAACUCUCUGCGCCUGUCACGAUCGAGAACUUGCUUCCGUACGACUUCAAGUACCGUAUCUACGAUAAGAACACGAAGAAGGACUGGUCAAAUUUCCUGCGCAAGGGAGGCGUGAGCCCUGUUCAUGUUGUCGAACUGUCUCAUCUCCUGCUCCUGAGCAUCGACAUGCAAGACACUGCCUUUAAGCCGAGCGAAUUUGCCAUCAUCAAUGCAGGCUCGACAGACGACUUCAAGAAGGAAACGCACCUGGUGUGCCGAGACAGUGCAGGCAUGGCACUGAAUCUCAGACUGCACUACCUUCGCGUCCCUGAUGGCGGUGGCGCGUUCAAAGUCACUGUCUACAGUCCGUAUGUCGUCUUGAACAAGACGGGAUUGGACGUAAGCAUCCGCUCCCGGGGCCUUCUGCAACAAGCCAAAGCUGCGACGGCGAGCCAGACGCUUGUCGAUGUCUCGGAUGGAAGCGGCAGCCUCAAAGCAUUGCCGUUGAUGUUUUCGUUCAACAGCGAUGAUCACAGGAACCGGGCGCUCUUGAAGGUUGGUGAUUCGGAUUGGAGCAAGCCACAGAGUUUCGACGCCAUUGGAAGUACUACUGAGGUUGUGGUGAAUUCACCGGGGCGAAAUGCAGAGAUUCAUCUUGGGGUCACGGUCGAUUCGGGCCAGGGCAAGUACAAAAUGGUGAAGACGGUAACCCUGGCCCCGAGAUAUGUCAUCCAAAACAAGCUCGGUGAAGACAUCAACAUACGCGAGCCCAGCUCCUCCGGGUUGGUAUCAAUCAAAGAUGGCUCGCGCCGGCCACUCCACUUUCUCCAAAGGGGUGCUGUAAAACAGCUCUGCCUGUGCUAUCCAGGCGUUGACAAUCAGUGGACCGCGCCCUUCAAUAUCUCCGACCUUGGUGUCACACACAUCAAGAUUGCCAGGCCCGGCCAACGACAACGACUGGUUCGCGUGGAGAUUCUCAUGGAAGAUGCCACUAUUUUCCUGAGCCUCAGCAUGGAGCACAACAACUGGCCGUUUUCGAUGCGAAACGAGAGCGACACCGAGUUUACCUUCUACCAGGCCAACCCGAAUAUUGACGAAGAUGGCACCGAGGACCGAUCCGGAUGGAGGCCUGUUCGAUACCGUUUACCACCCCGCAGCAUCAUGCCGUAUGCUUGGGACUUCCCAGCUGCUAAGCACAAGGAAGUGUGCAUCAGUGCGUACAACAAGGAGCGCCACGUGAAGCUGGCCGAGAUUGGCAAUUUGUUGCCCAUGAAGUUCAUUGAUGUAAAUGGCCGACCAAAAAUCAUCGACAUCAAUGUGACUGCAGAUGGGCCAACGCAAACCCUCAUCUUGUCCAAUUUUAAGCAGUCGAAGAGUCUGUACCGGCAGCGGUCGAAUGCGGGUUCAACCAGCAGUCGGGAAGGCUUCGAGGCAAAAGAGCUCGACACUGGCACCACGUUCAGAGCACAGCUGAGGUUAUCCGGGAUUGGAGUCUCGCUGAUAAACUCGCAGCUGAAGGAGUUGGCGUACCUCACGUUCCGGGAUGUCCAACUCCGCUACAGCGACUCGCCGCUGUAUCAGACUGUGAGCUUGGCUGUGAAAUGGAUUCAGAUCGAUAACCAACUCUACGGCGGCAUCUUCCCCAUGAUCCUCUACCCUAGUGUGGUGCCCAAACGGGCGCAGGAGAUUGAGGCACACCCGUCAUUGCAUGCCAUGGUCACACGGGUCAAGGACGACUCGUAUGGUGUGGAGUACAUCAAGUACGCAACUGUUCUUGUGCAGGAGAUGACGGUCGAACUCGAUGAGGAUUUCAUCUACGCUGUCUUGGAGUUCUCAAAGGUUCCGGGUGCUUCGUGGUCGUCAAGCGACGAGAAGGACAAGCUCUGCGACGACAACGCCGAUAUACCUCAGCCGAAGCAGCAGCAGUCGGGCAGGGACAUCUACUUCGAGGUGCUCAAUAUUCAGCCCAUGCAGCUGGAUCUCUCGUUCGUUCGAACCGAGAGAGUUAAUGUGGAAGACAAGACAUCGUCGCGAAACCCCAUUAUGUUCUUUUUCAAUGUCAUGACCAUGGCGUUGGGCAACAUUAACGACGCCCCGGUGCGGUUCAACGCGUUGAUGCUGGAGAAUAUGCGCGUCUCGAUACCAGUUCUCAUACAAAACAUCUCCAACCACUACAGUCAAGAGGCGCUAGGCCAGAUUCACAAGAUCUUGGGAAGUGCCGACUUUUUCGGCAAUCCCGUAGGGCUGUUCAACAAUAUCAGCUCGGGCUUUGCCGACAUAUUCUACGAGCCCUAUCAGGGGCUCAUCAUGUCAGACAAGCCGGAGGACUUUGGCAUCGGGCUUGCGCGAGGGGCCGGGUCGUUUUUCAAAAAGUCCGUCUACGGCGUCAGCGACUCCUUGUCCAAAUUCACCGGCAGCUUCGCCAAAGGACUCGCCGCAGCCACGAUGGAUAAGCAAUUUCAAGACCGCCGCAGGAUCACGCGUGCCCGCAAUCGGCCAAAGCAUGCGCUCUUUGGCGUGACGGCGGGUGCAAACAGCCUUUUCACCUCUGUCGCGUCCGGAGUCGGCGGCUUGGCGCUCAAGCCGCUCGAGGGUGCGGAGCAGGAAGGCGCCCUCGGCUUCUUCAAAGGCAUUGGCAAAGGCGUCGUGGGACUCGCCACCAAGCCGGCCAUCGGCGUGCUCGAUUUUGCGUCCAACGUGAGCGAGGGCGUGCGCAACACGACGACCGUCUUUGACGGGUCCGAGCUCGACCGCGUGCGCCUGCCCCGCCACGUCCCCGCCGACGGCAUCGUGCGGCCGUACAGCCAGCGUGAGGCGCUCGGCCAGUCGUGGCUUAAGCAGGUGGACAACGGCAAGUACUUUGACGAGCAGUACAUUGCGCACCUUGAGCUGCCGACCGAGGAUAUGGUGGUCAUGGUGACGUACGCGCGCAUUCUCCUGAUCCGGAGCCGCAAGCUGCAGAGCGAAUGGGACGUCCCUCUCAAGGACAUACAGACAAUUGCGAAGGAGAGGACCGGGUUGAGCUUGACGCUCAGGGGCGGUACUAAUGGCCCGUUCAUACCCAUCGGUCAGGAGAGCGGGAGGACCUUCAUCUACAGGAUGGUGGCGGUGGCGGUCGACGAGUUCAAUCGCCGGUUCAAGGGGCUGGAAUAGGAGGAGGUUGAGAACCGCGGCUGGGAGAGUAGACUUGCCGAGUAGUGCUGCGGGGCUUCCUGUGUCUGCUGUGUCUGCCGGGAUGAAUGAUGUGAUGUCGAGGUAUAUGAUAAUGAAGACUGUUUUGUUUCUGCAUGACUAGGUUCUGGUUCCCAGUUGAUAUCAAGGGGUUGCUCCUAACAUCUUUGAAAUGCUUGGCCUACUUUACG